AUGGACUACGCGCAUCUAUCCUACUAUCCCAACCGCGAGGAAUCUGCAGCGCGAACAGCUCAUCGCCUGCAGAAUGAGCAGAUCCAGGAUAAUCUUCCGGAUGGGUUCCCCGUGCAACUGGAGUCGAAAAUGGUUUGGGAUAGGGAGAGUUUCUCGCUUGAUGGGCAUGAGAGUAAUGAUGGCACGGAGUGCGUGCUUGUAUUGGAUGAGGCGCAAUUGGCCGAGAUUGAUGCCGCUAUGAAGUACUUUCAAGUCCUGGCCCUACCCCUCUCAAAACUAGAUACAACAACAUUCCCCCUCCCGACCCUUCACCCCAUUCUCCGCCGCGCAUCCCAAAACAUCCACUCCGGCUACGGCUUCACCCUCCUCCGCAACAUCCCCGUCGACAACUACACGCGCGCCCAAAACGUAAUCAUCUACGUUGGCCUAGCGUCCCAUAUCGGGCCUGUUUUCGGCCGCCAGGAUUACCAAUACGCCGGCGAGCCCGCAGGUGUGAUGAUGGCGCAUAUCACAGAUUUCCGUAAGAAGGACACUACUGCCGAUGAGAAGAAGUUCUCACUAGCCGCGUAUACAGACGGAGAAGUUAUUUUCCAUACGGAUGUGGGUGAUAUUGUUAGUUUGUUUGUGCUUGAGGAGCCUGUGGAGGGCGGGGAGAGCUUGAUUGCUAGUGGCGGGAGGGUGUAUAAUGAGUUGGCGAGGACGAGACCGGAUCUUGUGCGGGUUUUGGCGCAGGAGUGGGUUAUUCCUAGCGCAAAAAACGACACUCUCCACAAGCGCCCAUUGCUCUUUUACCAGCAACCCACAGCCAGCACGCCUGAACGCGUGAUAAUCCAAUUCUCGCGCCGCUCGUUCUCAGGCUUUGGCAACGUCCCGCAGUCGAAAUACCUAACCGCAGCGCAGGCAGAAGCCCUUGACGCACUGCAUUUCCUAGCAGAUGAGUUGCACAUCUCCAUGAAGUUGCGGAAGGGGGAUAUACAGUUCAUUAAUAACCUGGCGGUUUUGCAUGCGCGGAGGGAUUAUGUUGAUGAUGAGGAGCGUCGGCGACACCUGCUGAGGUUGUGGAUGAGGGAUCCGGAGAAUGCGUGGGCCACGCCUGAGGAGAUGAGGGGGAGAUGGAGUCGGAUUUAUGGUGAGGAGGCGUCGAAUGGGCCGCAGGUGUUUCCUUUGGAGGCUGCUACUAGGUCUGUGGGGAUGGAUAAGGGCACUGCUUAG